UCCUGUCUGCGGCCUCCUCUCCCCUCUUGCAGCCCCCUCCCCCUCUUGCAGCCCCCUCCCGUCUGCGGCCUCCUCUCCCUGCGGCCUCCUCUCCCAUCCCUCUCACCCCCCACACCCCACAGCAGGUUCUGUCUCUGCCCUGCCCGCUGAUCCCUCUGUGCAUUUUACCGGUUGUUCUGUGAAAGAGAGGCGUUAGACCUUACUCGCAGCGUACUUGGAGAAAAAAAGAAAGUGGUCCGUGAAAUGCUCAAAACCGUCUGGCACGACGGUUGUCUGUGAAUCGGCAAGCUCAGGGGGGUGCCCGCUGGUGACCUUCAUAGUCUGCUGGGUGCCUGUGGCGGGAGCUCGGGCUUGAACCCUGAGCUUUCAUAGAUGGAAUUUUAUAAACAAGUUUUGGUUUCCCUGCAGCCCUGACUUCCCAGAAAACAGCGGUGGAGCCCCACGUGAGUAAGGCCGACGUGGGAGGGUGUGAGGCUCCCACGCCUGGGAGCUUCAUUUAUCCAAGGGGAGCCGUGGGGGGAGGCUGGCCUCGGAACCCACCUUAGGAGCCCCCACUGCUUAGCAUUUACUCACAUCUUCCUUAACCUUUGCUCGGUGCCUGAGCUGGUGCUCCACCCACUCCCAGGUGGAUCCUGGGGAUGGAGCUCAGGCUGGUGGUAAGCGCCUGUACCCAAGCCCCUUCCAGCUUGCCGCAGCCCAGGAGCAGGAGAGAGUGCAGAGGGAUGCGCCUGGGUGGAUGCCUUCUGGGUAGAGGAGAUGCCUUCCUGGUGGAUGCCUUCCUUUCCCGCAGGCCGGUCCUCUGUGGCCCCAGCCGGUUGUCAGAUGAAUGUGUCCUGGGAUGAGCCUGGGCUUUUCCGGGCAUGUCCUCAGGGCUGGCCGCAGCAGCUGAGCUGGCCGCACCAGCCUUGGCUUCUCCUGGGUGGCAGUGCCGCCCGUCCCCCUGGAGUGUGUGAGGAGGUCCCCUGCCCCGGGUAACGUGUAAACAGUUGAGGGAAGGGCGCCUCCAAAACCCCAGGCCCGGGAGGGCCACUGUGCUGCGUGGCACAGGUGAAGUGCAGUGGCACCCGGGCCUCCCUCCCGGUCCAAGCUGUCCUUCUCCCCAGCCGGUGCUGUCAGCAGCGAGGCAGCGGUGUGGGGUCAGGUUAGAACUCAGCUGCAUUAAUCCCAACCCCGGGGCCCUGCACGUGGGCCCAGUCUUCCCUCGUGCUAGAGUCCUUCCUCCUAGUUGUGGGAAGACUGGCCAGGAUUACCUCUGCACGCGAGGAAACAUGUGUGCCUUCAGCACCGUUAUCACCGCAAGUUAUCAUCACUGUUACCAUCAUGUUUCCUUCUCACUUAAAACUGACAGAAGAUUGUGGAAAACAAAACAAAACGAAAAAAAAAAAACACAGGAAAAUCUCAAGGAAAUCUCACAGGUUGUGGUCGGGCACACUGCUGUCGUGUGCCCGCCGUCCUCCCACCCUGCCUGUCUGACUGGGGUCAGCCUGUGGCCACGGUCCACCAACAUCUCUUGCUGUUUCUGCCCUCCUAGGCUCCGAACUCCCGACAGGAAGGAUAACGGGGAGCUCGCCAUGGAGGCGGUGACAUUCAAGGACGUGGCCGUGGUCUUCACUAAGGAGGAGUUCAGGCUGCUGGACUCUGCCCAGAGGAAGCUGUACCAAGAUGUGAUGGUGGAGAAUUUUUGGAACCUGCUUUCAGUGGUGCAGGGAAUUGGAUCUGUGAGCCACUGUGUGGUGCUGAGAACUGCGCCUGAGCGAUCUGGAAGACGAACCACAGCGGUCCACAGCGGUCCACAGCGUGAAUCUAGCCCCACACAUAGUUGGGAGCUCGGUAGACUAUAUCCUGGUUCCUGUCAGCAUUUAAACCAGGAAACUUCAUUAAGAAUGAAAAGGAAUUAACAAUCAGAGUGAGAUAAGAGCUGUCCACGGAGGGCCGCCUGAAUCCCCUUCCUGCUGGCAGAUCUGGCAGUGGGUCACGGGCGACUUAAGCAGGCUCCCACUUCCGACUUGGAGACCCCAGAAUAAUUUCCUGACGGAGCCA